AUGUAGGGGAGUUCAUUAGUAGAGCCAAUUAAAGAAAAAAUAGAAAACGCUAUUAGGAAUAUGAGGUCACCAUUUAGACAUUACCCUAGAUGUGUUAAGUGUCCUCUUUCAAAAGAUAUGAGUUUAGUAUGCCUUAAUCAUGAUUGCGGAGAAAAUUACUUUAAGUUAAUAUGCCCUUAUUGCCAUAGAAAUGAACACUAAAGGCAUGAAUUAAAAGUAGAAGAUGAUCUUGAUUUAGUUUUAUAAAUGAUUGAAGACCACACAAGAUAAAGGUAUAUGAAUAAGCAAGUGACAGAUUAAGAUAUUGGAUUCGUAGACCUGCUUUUAGAGUCUCAAAAAGCUUUAAAUAAGCUUUUAAACAAGAUACAGCAGGUGAAGUUUAUCUUAGAUGAUACCUUGAAUGGUUACAAGAGAAGAAUGAAAGAGUAUGAAGAUAUGAUAAGACUUAUAAACAAUGCAUAAAUGUCAUCUAGCUAAGCCAUUAUUAAUGAAUAACUUUAAUAAAUUAAAGAUAAAAUUGUUUAUAAUUCUAAUGAAACAGAUGUAUAUAUUGAGUGGAAUUUUGAGAAGAUUUACAACGAAACUGAAAAGAAGAGAAGAGAGGGAUACAGUUAACAAUGUCUUAAAACAAUUAAUUAAUGUGAGAAAUCUUUUAAAAACCUACUUUAGAAUUUCCGUGAUGUAGUCAAUCCAAUUCUAGAGAAGAGGUUAAUUCAGAAGGUAUGUUUAGAUAAGUGCAAUUAAAUGUUAGAGCUUCUGAAUGUAUCAUGGAGAUGGGAAAAAUAUGAAGACAUUGUAAUAAAUUAUAUUUUAAAGUGA